ACUCUUUGAAACAUUCACUCUCACUUCACUUUUCAAUUAACUCGCCCAACUCCGCACCGCCACCCAAAAAUGUCGAAAACCACCGCAUCCGCCGACGACUUCGAGACGCCGACACUAGACACGGAGUCUCCCACUCUGCUCCACUCCAUUUCCGAACACGGCGGAUACUCCUACGUGAGGAUGGCGUCACUAGCCGCCGCCGGCGACGUUCGCGCGGCGGAGGCGGUUAGGGAGAUGGCGUGGGAGCAACUUCAUUCUGGACCGUGGCACUCGGUGUUGCCGGUGUGGCGUGACGCGUACUCGAUGGCGUGUCUUCACGUGGCGAAGCAUCACUAUGGAAACGGUGAGUUUAAGGAGGCGCUUAGGGCUUUGGAUAUGGGGAUCAUCAUGGGAGGGAGUCUGCUUAGAAAGGAUUUGGACUCUGCCAUUGGUAAGGUUUCUGAAAAGGCUAGGAACCUUAGGGUUUCUGAUGGAAGCCACCAGGAUUUUGGUAGCGACGAUCAUCUACUCGUUGAUCUAGAUUUUGACGUGUCUAAGGUGCUCCAGCUUUUACCUGUUAAGUCCCUUGCGUCAAAGCUUGUGGUGAAGAGGUCUGCCCUGUCGCUGGAGAAGUUCUUGAAAGAUCAUUUCCUGUCUGGCUCCCCGGUUAUCAUUAGUGAUUGCAUGGCGCACUGGCCAGCCAAGAAAAACUGGAAUAAUAAAGAUUACUUGCUAAGAGUUGCUGGUGACCGCACUGUUCCAGUUGAGGUUGGGAAAAACUAUUUAUGCUCAGAUUGGAAGCAAGAACUAGUUACAUUUUCAGAGUUUCUUGAGCGGAUAAGGUCCCAUAGCUGUUCUCCCAGUGGUCCUACAUAUCUUGCUCAGCAUCCAUUAUUUGAUCAGAUAAAUGAGCUUCGGAAAGAUAUCUUUAUUCCUGACUAUUGUUUUGCUGGUGGAGGGGAGCUAAGAUCUCUCAAUGCUUGGUUUGGUCCAGCUGGAACAGUAACACCAUUACACCAUGAUCCACAUCAUAACAUACUUGCACAGGUUGUUGGGAAAAAAUACAUUAGGCUUUAUCCAGCAUCUUUAUCUGAGGAGCUUUUCCCUUACUCAGAAACCAUGCUUAGCAAUUCCAGCCAGGUUGAUUUAGAUAACGUAGAUGAAAUGAAGUUUCCUAAGGUGCAAGACUUGGAAUUUGUAGACUGUAUUUUAGAGGAAGGUGAAAUGUUAUACAUCCCGCCAAAGUGGUGGCACUAUGUGCGGUCUUUAACUACCAGUUUAUCAGUUAGCUUUUGGUGGAGUGAGGGUGAAUGUUCUUCUCCAUCCUAAUGUCGUAUCACUUUGAUGUCUACGUGUCAUUAUUAAUGGAGAAGACACGAAUAUCCUAAGUUGCGUUGCUGAUAUCUCUGUGAUUGAUCCUUUUACAUCCCAAUUACACUAGUAUCCUCGUGCAUGAACAUCAUUUUCAGCACCUGAUGCCAUCGCCAUAUUAUAUUUAUGUAAGGAAAUGUAUUAUAGAGAGCUACUGAAACAAACAUUUUGAUAUUUGACUGGGAUCCAUGCCCUUCAUUUCAGUAACUGAUUAUAAAGGUUGUGAAUCUGCAGUCUCAGAAUGAAUCAAUGUAUCAAUGUGAUACUCUUGUCUGUUUGUAUUGAAUUUGAAAACGGUACAUCUAGCUAAAAUAUUAAGUUCUCGUUUAUGCAUGAACGUUUCAUUUGA